UGGCGAAAUAGAUAUAUUUAUUAUGCAUUAGAAGAUACUAGUUUAAUUCAGGAUGCGAUUGUUAUGUUGACUUCUUUAAAGAUUUCAGAAAAUGAUGGCUUCCCAAAGCAAAUUUGUUCCAUGUGUUUAGAAGAAUUAAGAGUAGCUGCUUCAUUUAGAGAGAAAUGUCUGAAAUCAGAUAGAAAAUUACAUGUGUGUUACUCUAAUUAUAUCUCGAUAAAAAAUGAAAUAGAUUUGGAAGACAAGAAUAAAAAUCAUCAUGUUGAUCAUGAUUACGCUGAAAACAUAGACGUACCUAUUAGUUCCUUAUUCAAUCAGGAAGUAAUAAUAAAAUCAGAACCUCAUAAUGCUGAAGUCGAAUAUAAUUGUCAGUUUUGCAUAGAUACUUUCUCAUCUGUACAAGAGCUUGAAAAGCAUGUAAAAAAGCACAAGAAAAAUAAAUCAUAUCAGUGUCAAGUGUGCUAUAAAUUAUUUACUCAGAAAUCGCACCUUCAAAGACAUUUAUUAAUACAUACAAAUGUUAAACCUUUUUCUUGUGACAUUUGUAAAAAGAGUUUUAAACAAAAACCACAUUUAGUAAGGCACAUUUCGCUACAUACUGGUUUCAAGCCUUUUCAGUGUGAAGUUUGUGGAAAAAAUUCGUGACCCCAUCUGAUUUAAAUAAACAUUUAGUGAUUCAUCUGGGCACAAGACCAUUUCAGUGUGAAAUUUGUGGAAAAUCUUAUAAUAAUACAUCUGACUUAAAUAAACAUCAUGCUAAAAUACAUAAUAAAAAUCCUG